AUGAACCCCGCUGCAAGAUGCCCGACCAACCUUCCGGAAUACGCUCUGAAUUUGAACCGUGAGGAGAUCCAACGCAUCACUAUCAUCCGCAACAAUGCUGCUCACGCUGGAGCGGACCCCUAUUAUCUCGCAGUCUUGGAUACACUCAUCGCCAUGAACACCAGAAUGAUUCAAGUGGGGCGCCAACCAUUCUCUCCAGCCGGACUUCUCGAAAUGAUGAAUCUCUGCACCAACAUUCGCGCGGGCUGGGGCACUCUCAAUGUCUAUCUGGAUUGA